GCCCAGAGGUCCCCCAUGCUAAUACAGGUGCGGCAUUCGCGGCGUGAGCCUUGGCGGAACCCUCUGCCCCGUCCCGCCGCCCUUAUGCCUUCCUCUCUGUGCCCCUACUCGAGGGUGCCCAUGGACGAGGUGGGUGUGGACAAGGGCCGCCGCGGCGUCGGGCUGCGGCCCCUGGCAGGGUUCCUGUUGGGGAUGCUGGCCAUGGCCGUGCCCCUGGGCUACUUUGCCGUGAAGGCCAACAGCGAAGCAUGCCACCUUGGUCUCCAAGCAGAGGAAAGGUUCCACAAUGUCACCCAGCACCUGCGGGACCAGCUGACCCGAGCCCAGGAGGCCCUGCAGGACGCCUACGCCACCUGCAAAAGCACCGUGGAAAACCUGAAUGCGUCCCUGAGCGAGGCGAAAACUCAGGAGCAGAAGCAACGCGAGCAAGUGCAGGCCCAGAAGGAUGAGAUCGCGGAUUUGAAGCAGAAGCUGCAGGAGACUCGGCAGACGGUGCAGCAGCUCAGGAAUGAGAUCUCCGCCACCCGCCAAAGGAGUCCCAAAAGCGCGGCCGUCUCCGUCGGCGCGGUGCCCGCGGCGCUUCUGCUCCCGGUCCUCGCUGCGCUGCGGCCCUGACGUCCCCGGAGCCCGCCGGUGGCAGCCUGCGCUGAUCUGGUUCCAGGUCCUUUCGGCUUUCCUGUCCGCUGACCCAAGGUUGCUCGGGACAACCCCACAGCGCGGUUGGGGGUUGCAGGGUGGGCAUCAUGGAGGGGACGCGGGCUGCACCGGGGUGGAAAGCCCCUCUUGGGGGUGGGAUGGGGCCCCUGCCUCCGCAUCUCACUGUCACGGUUGAGGUCCCUUUUCUUCUGGAGUCUUUCUAUUCUGAAACAAUAAACAGUUUCGAGAAAAAAGAACUGGC